GCUAAUGCUACUUAAAUGAGAAUUGUCCACGGGGGUUGCUACGGCGACCGGACGCCGGUAAUGUCAACCCAACCGUUAGUUUAGGAAGUUCAUUCCAUGUCGAAGUAUAUAACAGACGCUCACCGACAGCUUUAAUGACAGUUCCCGACAUACUUGAGUUUUAAAAGUCGAUAUAACCAGCUCCGUCCUUGCUAGCAUAAAAUCCACUGUGUCAACGCGUACUGACAAUGUUAGCAGUAAAAGAAAAGACGUCUCAAGGAGGUAACAAACUCUCUCGAUUAUCCCCGCAAAAUUUUAUGGAAAGACUUCCAUCAGAGAUCCUGAAUAAAAUCCUGUCCUACCUGGAUGCCGGCACACUUGUCUGCAUUGGUCACGUCAGUAAGACCUUCUAUCAACUCGCCAGUGAUGAAGCUCUGUGGAGGAAUAUCUACAAGAGGCUGUUGAACAAGAAGUCUAUCAGCAUGGUCGGGAAGAUGCUGGAGACCACCACGCUGGAGGCUCAGGCUCGGUCCGAAGGCUACUGGAAGUUGCAUUACUUCAAGACUCGGGACGCGUGGGCCAGGAGGAAGUGGAAGACACACCUCGGAGUCAUCAGCCGUCACACGGGGUUGCCUAGUCGCACAGUUCAGAUGCUCCGAGGCAUUACCUGGGAGCUCACGGUCACCGACAAAUCAAGGAAUGAAGCCGCGUAUGAUCUCAGCUGGUUCCAGUUCUUUGAGACCUCCGUGGUGCUGUGCUGGAAUGGAAACCUCUGGCAAGACUACCAUCACAUUUCUACCCUUCAGCUCCACGGCGUCAGGAGAGUAGCCCUCGACUGCCCCGGACUAAAGGCACCAGGCUGGAGGUCCCUCAUGGAGGUGAUAGACAUGGAGAGUGCAACCAAAAGCAUGCAAGACUAUGGUCAGGACCAUGUGAUUGAACUGAAGCUACUAAAGCCUCACAUAGUCAUGGGGCUUUGGAAGGACCAGCGUAGCAUCGCUUUUGUCAUAUUCACCCUCCACUUCCAUUGCCUACUGGAAAGAAGCACCCAGGGGUCCUCUGUUUGCCCCUACAUGGAGCCGGUGGCCAAAGCCCCAUUUGAUGACAUUGACCCUGAUUAUGGUCUCCAUGGUUACCAGCUUCACAUAGUUCUCCACAGCAGUCAAUGUGAGCUCAUGUCGGGAAGUUUCUUGCAGCUAUUUUGCCGGAGAGAUCAGAUCCGCGAUGGCCUUGUCAAGCUUACUGCUAUUGAUGAGACCUCCUUUUCGCAGCACACGUCUCUGUCAGGCGAUGUCGCUCUGCCCUGGAGAUGUGAGGCCCUGCAGGGUGAAGUCAAGGGCCGCUGUUUCAUGACUCUCACGCUUCUUGACGAGUUCAACAAACCCUUUUGGUGUAUCAGCUCUCCAGUCUCCAUGAAGUACCAGGAGAGGCCGUGUUCGCUUUUCUACGCCGCCGAGCAGUUCGUCAUUCACUAUCAGGACCUCGACGGUCAAGUCAUGAUGAACAUUGUGCAGCCUCAGCAAUGUCAUCAGGGACAGGCCACAGAGGACGUUUGCAACACACCUCAAGAAAAUGGCCUUAAAGGUGCCUUGCUCUUUAGUGAAAACUCUGCUCAGGCGAAUGGAGGCGACCACAGCCACCCCAAAGCUGUGGGAGAUGCUCCAACCAGGGAGAGUAUACGGGAGAUGGAAAAAAAGCUAAAAGAAAAAGAGGAAGAGGUGACCUUCCUCGUAAAUGCUGUAGCUGACGCUGAGAUGGUCACCGUGUUUGUCAACAAGUCCUGGAUGGAAGCGUACGACCAGCUGAAAAAGGCCUGGGAGGACGACUCCAACAACUUGGUGACAGCCAUAAACGCAGAGUGGCAGCAGUGGUGGGCCUUUAGGGAGCAGGAGACCGCCGACCAGUUCCAGACACAGUGGGAGAGCAUGCAGUGGCACAUGAACGACAUGGCCACCCAGUUUCAAAUGGAGCUGGAGGGCAUGCAGAGGCACAAUUUUGAAAUUAUUGCCUACUUCAAAAUUGAAAUGGAGCGUCUCCAUCAGCACAUGCGGCGGGUCGUCCAGGAAAAGAACUGCCUGAUCGCAAAACUGCAGAAUGAAGUCUCCUGUCUAGUGACAAAGAAUGGUGAGACGUCCCAGCGCCACAAUUUGACGCACGAGGCCUGUAAGGACCAAAACAGCCUGAAAGCUUUGGAGGAUCAGUUGAACGCAGAGCAAGAUGCAAUAAUGGCCUUUGUUGAGGUGGUCCAAGGAGUAGGGAAUGAUCUCAACCGUCAUGCUGCGUCAUAAAGAGCUUCUGAUACAUCACCUCUGCUAAUAAUCAUCCAUUCCAUGAAGACGUGUUGUCCUGCUGCAAAAACAUUAUGGAGCGAAAAACACAUACCAUCCAUCCAUCCAUCCAUCCAUCCAUCCAUCAUCUUCUGCUUAUCCGAGGUUGGAUCCGAGGUUCAGCUUAUCCGAGGUUGGGUCGCAAGGGCAGAAGCCUAAGACAGGAAAUGCCAGGAGAGACAUAGUCUCUGUUUCCUGGGUCUUUCAUCCAUCCACCCAUCAGUCUUCUGCUUAUCUGGGGUUGUGUUGCGCAGACUGCAGCCUAAGACAAGAAGCCCAGACUUCCCUCUCCCCAUCUGCUUCAUCCAGCUUGGCUCCUGAGGUGUUCCCAGCCCGGUUUAGUCAUAAUCUCUCUAACAUGUCCUGGGUCUUCCCCGAGGGACAACUUAUACCUUCAAAUAUAAACUCUUUCCUUUUCAAUAACAAUCAACUACUUUCUCUCAGGACAACAUCAACAAUCCAAAGCUGCUCCUUCGCUGAACAUGCUUCAUAUUUCUAUGAGUGAUGACAAACGCUACGACGCUGCUGGACAGGCAUUACCUGUAUUAUUCAAAGGGAUUGGACUAUUACUCUUCUUUGCUUGUCCAUUAAGAGGACACUCACCUCUUAUUUCAUAAUGAGAUCCAAUGGAUCGUCACUUGGGUUGUAGUGCUUCUGUACCCUUGAAGCUUGACUUCCAACACCUGAUCGUGGACAAGCCACAAUGUUGGAUUCCACCUUGAAAGGCAGAAAGAGACGUUGAACUGUACCCAUUUACUCACAGUGCACCUUUUUAACUGUACCCAUUUACUCACAGUGCACCUUAAAGCCAGAAAAAUGAGCAUGGAACACAUCACUCACAAGGAACACAUCAUUCACAAGUUUCUCUAAUGCUGUCUGGCUGUCUAAUUAAUCAAUCUCUCAAUUUCUUCACCAUUUAGAUAAUUAUAGAUAACAAGCUCAAAUUCAGUGUUUUAUAAAAUGUGAAAAAUUGUAAAAAUAAUUGAUGACAAAAUGGCCUGAGCAUUUAAUUGCUCUUAGUUUUAACUGAAAUCCUGAAAUCCAACAACUUUUGCACAAUAUUUUAUUAUUUUAUAUUCUUAUAAUUUAUUUCAAUGGGCCUGUAUGUGCUGAUGCAUACAUAAAUAAAGUGCAUCUGUGGAUAUGUUUCAGAUGCAUUCAUGUGAGUGCAAAACACACAAAAACAAUUAGCAUUUCAUAAUAAAACACUAACUAUGGAGGGAAAUUAAUAAAAAGGCGUCUUAACAGCUUUCAGAGCUGGACCCGCCCACAAGAAAAGUUGAAAUGCAAACAGAAAACUAAAACACAAAUAAAACUUGAGGAAAUGCAAACAAAAUGAAAAGUUUAAUGAAAACAAUUUUAUAGUUUCCAUUAAAUUUUCUAAUUCUUUUUUUUCAUGUCUAAUCCAUUUUUUGAUGAGAUAAAAAGACACAUUUCUUUCCAUAAUUAACACUAUCAAUACCCCAAAAACUGCUUUAACGGUUUUAAUUUUUUUUUAAGUCCUUUAGAUUCCAUCCAUCCAUUUUCUAUGCCGCAUGGAAAUGGAGUAAGUGAAUGUUUUAAUCAUUUAAAUCAAGUACUUGUAUUUAAAAUGACUACUGCCUGAAAUGCACAAUAUGAAGGCUGUUUUGAGGAUUUUAACCUUUUGGAAAGACCGAUAUGUUUUCAUAGAAAGAAAAUACGUAUAUUAACACUUUUCUUAAUUGUUUUUAACAUACACCAUUAUCCAACAUACAUUACCAGUCAAAAGUUUGGAGACACAUUUUCAGGUUGUUGUAUGAGAAAGUGUAUAAACUUUUGACUUGACAUCGCAGGAAGGUGUGAAAUUUGGUGGACAAAUAUACAAAAUAUAUAAUUGAACACCAGUGGUAAGCUAGCUGCUCAAAAUUUUAUUUUUGAUGGUUUCUAAUGGGACAUUUUUUGUCAUACUAGUUUUUGAUUAGCAACUUUUUUUUUUUUUACCUAUAUUUCAACACCUCCAAAAUGGCUUGAAAUUGAAAUUUUCAACAAAUGACUAAAAAUAUCCUCGAGAGUUGUUAAGCUAUUACGACAGAAGGCGUCAACCAAAUUAGAAAUUGGACUCAAACAAGCAACAGACAACUUGGACAACUUGGCAAACGCUUGUAAACAUUUGAAAAGAAAAAUACCCAUCUUGAAAAUUCCUCCAGAAAAAAAGUGUACAAAAAUUGCAGGAAAAUAGGCUGGACAUCGUGCACAAAUCCUGCAAUGACUCCUUGGACCAAGAAUUGAUUGGAGUGGCGUCCUCAGAUCGAUAACCGCACAGCAUCCAUCCGGCAUUUGCAUGUGCUUACUCAGCAGGUGCGACAUCAGUCGCACACAUGUGGCAAUGCUCUGCUUUCCACACUUUAAUCCCACCUCUGCUCCAUGUCAAUUCAUGACAUCGCUUAGGCCUUGUAUUAGACGUGUUUACAUUUGCAAAAGUUGCUUCACUUCCUGUGUUUCG